AUGAUGGUUCUCCGCGAGAUGUGUUCGCCUCAACGAUGUUGGAUCUGGCGUUGCCUCUCAACGCAGCACCAAACUCAAAAAGCAUCGAAGCCCUUCCCAAUACCAGAGCAGCAUGUCAGAUACCUAACAAGGCAAUUUUUGGGGCAUGUCCACAUUGAAAGCGAUGGUGCUAUGGUGUUGAAUGAUGAGUGUCUGCCUGCGGAAAUUGGCCGACACCAUCACACGCCCAUGGCUGAGUUCAACAUGCUCCCCGCCGCCGGCAUGAACGACGACGGUGCCGCAAAUGCAGCGGACAGCACAACCGCGACGCAUGAGGAACCCCUCACGCCAUACUUCCACCUCAACCAAGGACAAGGCGGCAUCUUCACACUCCCUUUCUACAACCACAACGGUGUUGAAGUAGACCACAUCGGAACUCACAGCUGCUGGACCUGUGUCUGCGUCUAUGUCCGACUCGACGACAAGCGCUGCUUCGCGGCUCACAUCGACGGACACACUCGGUCCUAUUACGCGGAUCUCGAGUGGAUUCCCAAGAGCGAGCGCCAACGCAGCCUGCUCAAAGCCCACAUCGCUGCAGAGCUCCAACAGGCGCUGCCGAGCCCUUUCCACAACAAGUCAGAAGCUGAGAAGCAGGAGAUGAAGAACAGUGUGGUGAUUGUCUGUCCCAGAAUGACGGUUGCUCACCCAGACAAUGGUGAGGAAGUUGAAGGCACCGGUGCAGCCACCAUCGAGGCACUCCGCGAGCACUUUGAGCUUCCCUCCAGGACUGAGGACCUCGCACAUGGUUUCGUCGUCAACCACGCCACCGAGGAAGUGACGAAACUGUUGUGGGAUCCAAACAGUGCGCCGACGCCGGAGAGCCUCCUCAGUCUCGACCGGGCCCUGAGCAAGUCUGGCGACAAUCGGACCGCAGCAGAGCAAGCGGUGAUCGAGAACUACCCAUUGAUGCUGCCUCCUGAAGACGCAGGAUUCUUCGAAGUCCCUGGACGACCAUGGACUGCGGUCUAUGACGGUGACCGUCGUGAUUGGCGGAGAAUGAGAUCGCUUGACUUUCGUCCCUUCACUCCAUUCCAAACCGACGCAGAUGGAGUGCAGGCGGGUAUGCGAGCUUUGGAGCAAUGA